AUGCACGCGUGCUUCCAUGGCGGCGGCGGCGGCGGCAACAGCAGCAGGAUCACCAAGUCCGUCGGCUUCAUCGCCAAGAGCAUGAAGGCCCUGUCCCUCCUAAAGGUGAAGACGGCGGGCGGCGGCGAGGGCGAGGGCCACCCGCGCGCGCCGCGACGGCGGCGUCAGCGGCGGCAUCGGAGGCGGUCCCCGGAGGCCGAGGAGCUGCAGGACAAGGACGUCGCGGCGGCGUCGUCGUCCGCGUCCUCGUCCGCCAAGAUCGCGCCGGCGGCGCAGCCGCACGAAGCCGCCGCCGACGGUGACCAUCGGAAAGACCGCCUCCACCAGGACGAGGAGCGGGGGCAAGGAGGAGCGAAACAUGAGCACUGCGACAAGUGCUGCUCGCCGUUGGACGACGGCGGCGGCGGCGGCGACGAGGAGGAGGCCGCCGAGGGUACGGCGGACGCGGCGAGUGACGGGGAGUGGGCGGCGGAGCCGGAGCCCGGUGUGCUGAUGACGCUGGUGCCGCGCGGCGACGGCGCCAACUACCUCCGCAGGAUCCGGUUCAGCGAGGAGUACUUCGGCGACGCGUGGGCGGCGCAGACCUGGUGGGCGGACAACUGCGACCGCAUCGUCGAGCUCUACAGCGUCGUCGUCCAGCCGCAGGACGGCGAAAACGACGACGACGACGAUCCGGCGGCGCCCGUAACCCCAUGCCAAUCCGAGGACGACGAGCACCACCAACUGCAGGAUGGGAUUGGGGACCUCGACUACUCGGCGUCGUGCUCGGCCUCGGCGUCGGGAGGGUCCACCUCCAACUUCUCCGGGCCAUCCAGCGGCAGCGGCAGCGGGUCGGCCAACAAGGUGGACUCUCCAAUUCUCGGCCUCGUCACUGAGGCCGACAGCAUCACAAGAACAGCCCGGGCGCAGCACAGCCAUAAAGCAAUGGGACAAGAACAGUGACACUUACAUCUUCUACCAUUGUUUCUGACAGUUUUUGCAAUGCUUAACUUAUAGGCUGCAUGCUAAGCAGCUAAAGAAUGUUUGGAAUUUUGGAUGAGUGGUUGUUUGCUGGAAAAUGUACAGUAUUUACUAUAUGUAGCUCAUAAUUCAAAAUGAAUCGAAAGCUCAAUCCAAUGAAACAGGCCUUGUAUUUUUUUUAAUACUUGCUGUUCCUUAAAGUCGUACGGAUUAUUCAGACUUUCGAUU